AUGUCAUGUGACCAGAGAGACUCUAGACAACCACAGAGAUACUCUAUUCAACCACAGAGAGACUCUAGACAACCACAGAGAGACUCUAGACAACCACAGAGAGACUCUAGACAACCACAGAGAGACUCUAGACAACCACAGAGAUACUCUAUUCAACCACAGAGAGACUCUAGACAACCACAGAGAGACUCUAUACAACCACGGAAACUCUGGACUCCUGUAUUCAUUGUGCUGGUCCUCUCAGACUCGGAGGUCAGCCUGUUGUGUCGAGGUUCCUUCCCCUUCCUCAACUCCUCCUGGGAGAUCUGGUGGACGGUUGACGGGAAGACGCUGGACCAGCUGGCCGACCAGCACCGCUUCUCCAGAACCGACAGACGGGAGCGCUACGUCCACGGGGACCGCUGGGAGGACAGCGUGCUGCGGAUCCAUGACUUCCAGUCCGAAGACCUGAACCGGGAGUACAACUGCUCCGUGAGGAACGGCCGGGGGUUCGAAACCCGCAGAGCGCGGCUGGAGCAGGAGGGGUCUCUGCCGUCCGUGGAGCUGGGUUGUGGUCUCGGCGUGACCCUGGUCCUCAUGCUGGUCCUCUUCGUGGUCUACCACGUCUUCUGGCUGGAGCUGCUGCUGCUCUACCGGUCCUGGUUCGGCACCGACGAGCGGCACACAGAUGAGAAGCAGUACGACGUGUACCUGUCGUACGCUCGGCACAGUGAGGAGGAACACUUCGUUCUCUUCACUCUUCGCAGCGUUCUGGAGAACCAGCUCAAAUACUCUGUCUGCAUCUUUGACCGAGACAGUCUGCCGGGAGGAACCAUCACCGAUGACUCCUGGUGCUGCCUCCCUGCCACGCCUGCUGGCUCCCAGGCGCUGCUGGAGCUGCAGGCGGGCCUGGAGGCCAUGGCGCGGGGGGGGCACCUGAGGGUGAUCCUGGUCCAGUACCGGCCGGUCCGCUGGCAGGCCUGGGUCCGGGAGCUGAGGAGGGCCCGCGUGGCCCUGGUGCUGGUCCGCUGGCAGGGGGACAAGUCCAAGGAGCUCACGUCCCGCUUCUGGAAGCGUCUCCGGGUGGAGCUUCCUGUGAGGAGGCUCAGCGGGGAGGAGGUGCAGGAGGAGGCGCAGGAGGAGCUGGGCCUCAUGAGGAUGCUCAGUCAGAACAGCACCGGCUCACAAACGGGCCUCGUCCGCGACACCAGCAAAGACCAGCAGAUGGUCCUGAACUCUGCUGCGUAGGAUCAGGGUCUGGUUCUCCCCUUGGGACCGGGACCAGAACAGAACCAGCACAGAACCGGAACAGAACAGCACCUCCUUCCUCCUCCAACUUUCAGCAUUCAUGGUCACCUCAUGAGUCCUGUUUCCUCUGCACACCGACCACCUCAUUGUUAUAUUCAUACAUAUAAUUAUAUAUAUAUAAUAUAUAUAUAAUUAGAUAUAUAUAAUUAUAUUUAUAUAUAUAUAAUUAGAUAUAUAAUAUCAUUAUAUAUAUAUAUAUAAUUAUAUAUAUAUAUAAAUAUAAUUGUAUAUAUAUAUAUACAUGCUAAUGGUGGCAUACAUCAAUAUAUAUGCUAACGGUAGCAUGAUAGCAUAUAUGCUAACGAUAUCAUGGUAGCAUAUAUAUAUGCUAAGUUGCUAACGGUAUAUAUGCUAAUGUUAGCAUAGAUAUCAAUCAUGAGUUCUUCCUCCGGUAUGUGUCCAUCAUUCCCUCUGAGCGCCCUCUAGUGGCCGUGAGCUGAACUGGUCAUCAACACUCAGUCGUGUUGUGUAACUUUUGUGUUCUUCAGGAUAUUUUGGGUCCAAACCAGCAAACGUAACAUUUGUGUCCUCUUAGUAGAGGGAUAUUUACAAUAGGAUGCACUAUUAUAUAAUAAUAAUCAUGCAUUUUAUUUAAAGCACUUUUCAUUCAAAAGGAAUCUGAAAGCUUUAAAAGCUGCAAGGUUUCAAAUAUGAGCAUUAAAAUGUAAAACUUACUGAAGUUACUUGAUGUUGGGAUUACUGUAUUUGUUGUUACUUUAAUAUACAGUAUAAUAUAUGUGUAUACUUAUAUUUGUCUCUUUAAAAAAAGAACCUCUUUAAAGAACAGCAUUCUGGGAGAAAGCAUCUGCACUUUGUCAUUGACAGUAUUUCAUCUAUUUUAAUAAAUGCAUUUUCCAUCUAA